AGCGCGCCGGCCUGAGACGAGGGGAAGAUGGCGGACGCUAAAGAUGGUGUUUUGUGGCCUGCGGGAGCCUCCAGUGCCCCAAUUUCAUUCACCUUCAAUCGCACGUCCGCCCGGAGGUGGCUGGCGGGAGAUGCGGCUCCGGAGAAGGAUUUCUUGAAGACCGAGAAACGGAGGGAGCUGCAGAGUGUGCAGCCCUCAGAAGCCCCCAAGGAACUUGUCAUCCCUUUGAUCCAGAAUGACCAUCUCAGGCAGCCACCGACCCAGGCCCCUGGGCCAUCCACACAUACUGAGGUCUUGGUGGAUGGGAUGCUGUCCCAGGCUGUGAAGGAGCUCAUUGAGGAAUCCACGAAGUCUCUGGAAGAGAGAGAGAAUGCGGGUGUCGACCCCACGCUCGCUAUCCCCAUGAUCCAGAAAGGAUGCACCCCCAACGGGGAAGGGGCAGACAGCGAACCCCGGGCUGAGACAGUGCCGGAGGAGGCUGAUUAUGAUGCAGUCCCUGUAGAGGCCUAUGGACUGGCCAUGCUGCGGGGCAUGGGCUGGAAACCUGGCGAGGGCAUCGGCCGUACCUUCAAUCAAGUGGUGAAGCCCCGUGUCAACUCACUGAGGCCCAAAGGGUUAGGGCUGGGCGCCAACCUGACUGAGUUCCAGGCCCUGGCCCCCACCGGCCCCCACCACCUGCUGAGGCCAGAUGAGGAGCAAGAGAAGGAUAAGGAAGACCAGCCUCAAGGACUGGUGCCUGGAGGAGCUGUGGUGGUUCUUUCUGGCCCUCACCGAGGCCUCUAUGGGAAGGUGGAAGGCCUCGACCCUGACAAUGCUCGGGCCAUGGUCCUAGCUGGGGGAGUUGGAGAAGUAUUCCUGGGGCGGGGGGUUAAAUCUGCAGAGGGGCAGGACAGUGGCCUGAGGCUGAGGCAACAGAAUGGAACAACCUCGUCAUGGAAGGCCCUUCAGGAUCAGGACCUCCACGUCCGGCAGGAGGACUCAGCGAGGAAGCGGAAACACCAUCCAGACCGACAGGAUGAGCCUGCAGCCAAGAGUGAGAAAGCAGCUCCCAGGAGUCAGCACUGGCUGCACAGGGACCUACGUGUGCGGUUUGUGGACAAGCUGCACAAGGGUGGCCAGUAUUACAACACCAAGAUGACAAUCGAAGAUGUCCUGAGCCCAGAUACCUGUGUGUGUCGGACAGAUGAAGGCCAGGUCCUGGAAGGCCUGAGGGAAGACAUGCUGGAGACCCUGGUCCCUAAGGUCCAGGGCAACCGGGUGAUGGUGGUGCUGGGGCCAUGGGCUGGAAGGGUGGGCCGUCUGCUGGACCGGGACAGAGGGCAGACCCGGGCUGUUGUGCAGCUGCAGAGAGAGAAUCAGGUGGUGGAGCUUCACUAUGAUGCCAUCUGCCAGUACAUGGGCCCCAGCGACUCGGAGGACUGA